GAAAAUUUACUUCUGGCGAAACCUGCACCCUACAACACCGCAACAUCUGGAAUCACUAUCUUCGCUCAACGCAGAGCACAUCAGCUGCCGGUCAGCCCGCCAUGGCGACCCUCCUCCCCUUUCUCUACCAGACUCGAACGCUUCAAAGGCUGUCCAGGACCGGCCUCUCGACUCCCGCAUUUCGAGCCCUCCUCCAUUCAACCACCAGAGCCAACAGCCCGAGAUAUCGACCGGGGCAGCAGAAGUCUCAAAGCAAUGAUAUUCCGUUUGAGUUGCCAGAAGGCUACGAGGAUCCGGACAAGAAGUCAGAUACCGAACCAUUUGACGAGUCUGGCGUGCCGUCGACCAUUACACCUGCAGAGCAGGAUGUCUUCAGUCGCAUUUUUGAAGAGAUUGCAGCCCGUAACAAGAAAGGCGCUUCCGCCGUUGCGCAGCCCUCCCCGGUGCCACCCAUAAAUAACGUAGCCUCGACCGCCGAAGAACAUUCGGAAUCAUUUUCCCACCUUCGCCCAUUUAGCGAGGUUGACGGACUGGAAAGUGGGACAAAGGAACAAAGCUCCAACUUGCUCCGAAGCACGGUCGAGAUUAUCGUCCAGGACGCAGCAGAGGCUCAAUCCAACGCCAGGCGGCAAAUUCAGAAACCCUUCGUCCCCCUCCAUCCUCUAGAACAAACAAAAUCAGCCACGGAAUGGGAAAAGGCACUGCUUCGGUUCCCACCGUCCCUUCGGAACGCUGCGCGCAUGGCUCUGGGCGCCAUUGAGGCAGGCAAAGAGGCAGAGGGGUUCGCGGACACCGCCGCAGGGCGCAACGAAAGCAUGAGCGAAGAGCAGCGGUCCUCAGCCGAGGUCGACUUUGACCUCAACCCCUUGGCCAAAUCCGUUCAGAACGAAGCCCUCCGGCGCGAGGAGCGCAACCGGGUUGACGCCAAGCUGCGCGCCGCAAAGACCGAUUUCGAAGUCUGGGACGUCCUCGAGGAAGAGGUCUUCCCGAUGGUCCGCAAACUCGGCAUCGACGAGGACCCGUCCAAAGCCGACCCCAACCCGAAACGUGGCAGCAAGCGCAAGACCAACAAGCCCCAAUUGGCCCUGCACAUCUACGGCCCGCUCUACCCAGCUUACCUCCUCAACGCGUUGCGCAUCCUCGACACGCAGUUUGCCCGCUCCUCCCCUUUGGCCCUGCAGAUCCUGCCGCGCGUCAAGGAGCUCGGGCCGGCGAGCUUCGUCUUGGGCGUGAGCACGCCCUUCUACAACGAGCUGGCGCGCAUCCUGUGGAGCAGGUACGGCGACCCGACCGCCGUGUUCAACUUACUCGAGGAAAUGCGCAUGGCGGGGCUGUACUGCGACGAAGGCACCCGGAGCGUAGUCCAGCAGAUCGAACAAUUCCUGGCGUCGGUCAGCCAGGGGAAUUGGGGUCCCUUCCUGCGGGAGUUGGCCAGUUUGCCUGAGUAUGAGUUUGCCAUCCUGCCGAGGAUCAGGCAUUGGUUGAAGACGAUCAAUGUGCACAUCUACGAGAGGAAGAACGAGUUGCAGGAGGUGGCGUGAUGAUUGAUGAGGGGAAUGUACGAUGGUGUACUAUUACAGGCAGCGGUGUACGAAUACGGUGGUGUAUUUUAUGGCAGGAUGUACAAGUGCAUGUACAACGGUGUCAUGAUAUCACAUUUUUUGGUUAACAGGCGAGUCAUCCGGGGUUUGGCUGUGCCGGAUGCUGGCAUCGUGCUUUCACGGUACAGGCAGCGCGACAGGCCUUUUUGGAACGCCCAUCCCAACGCUAUGGAGCCCUUCACGAGGCGACCCACGAUGCCGAUGGCGGAGGGCGAUCCAAGGUUUCCUCUUUGAAGGACGGCGCAGGAUAUCAAGCGUUCCAAGGACGACGAUCUCGCAGGGCAGACCUGGGGUCGAACCUCAAUCAAAAACUGCGGAUUUCGUAAUGGAAUGUAAUGCCAUACAAUCUUUCGGCGUUUUCGGUUUACAUGGGCAAGUGUCAGAUGAGGUCGACGCUGGGUCACGGUCGCGUAGGUUGGCCGCAUCAAGCAACAGUGGGC